AAACUGGGAUGGUGGGUGAAAGAGAAAGUAGAAAUGAAAUAACAACAUUUACACACUAGAUAAACCGGAAGGAUGAACUGCCAUGCUUGUUAAACGCUUUUUAAAAUUAUUUUUUAUUGUAUACAACUUUUCAAGUGUUGUUAAUUUGCAGGACAAACGAGAAACUUUUACUAUUUUCUGCCUUCGGUUUUACACGUUUGACGGGUUAUCUGGGAAGAUGGACGAAAGAGAAAGGAUAAAUGAAAUAACAGCAUUUACACACUAGAUCAACCGUCUGAAGCGUGGUCUGAUUAAUCAUGGCUGACGAUGGAGGCUCAGAAGACAGCCGCAUGCAAAAUAACGAUGAACAGACUAAAGAAGUGGUUCAAAUUCUGAAAGAUAUAAGGGCUAAACUCAGUGAUAACAGAAAGGCCCAGCUUGAUAAUGAGGUCAAGCAGGUUACCAAAGAAUGCACAGAAAGAGGGAAACUGAGUUUAAGAAUAAUGUCAGAAUUCAUGAAGAACUUUGUAAAUGCUGUGAAUGUGAAGCUUGGUCUACGCUUUGAAACAAUGCAGGAACUUAUCCGAAUAUUCCUUCUUUGCUGGAACAAGCAAGGAUUGUCAGAGACCAUUAUGAAAGAGAUUUACGGUGAGGAUAAGAAUGAAGAAGAUGAGGUUGAUGGACAAGAUGAGGUUGAUGGACAGAUGCCAGCUGAAAUAAAAGGAAUGGAUAGUGAUGCUAUUGCAGUGUAUGCUAAAGCUUUGAAUCAAGGUUUUGAAGAGGUCCAAAGGAUUCGCCUGAUGGUUGUUGGCAUGUUUUCAGUUGGGAAAACCUCACUAGUAAAUAAUCUGGUUGAAGACCUUUCGAAUAAAAAGGAAGCACACGUUCCAUUUGAAGAUCAGUUUCCACCAAGUACAGAAGGAAUAGAUGUCCAUUUAUGUCUAGUUGAUAGGGAUAAUCAGUGGAGAAAACAGAAACUUGCGAACAAGUCUCGAAUUGUUGAUAGGAUUAAAAUGUCAAAUUUUGAUGAGCACUAUGAAGAACCAUAUGUAAAUGGGGUAGGUGCGGGGCAUGGAUACCCAAUGGAUAAUGAUAAAGAAACAAUGGUUAACACAGUUGUUCAAGACGCAGAGGAACCGCCGGAACCGACUGCUGCCUAUACGUUAGAAGUAACAAAGCAAAGAGUUUUAGAAAGGAAAAAUGAACCAGAAAUAAGGGAAGUUCUUGAACAGUUGACAGAAAACAAGAUUGAAUCGAAUAAAGAUGAAAUAGAUGCCCCAAAAGGAGUAAUCACUGGUAAAGAACCUCUGGUAUCUGUUUGGGAUUUUGCUGGGCAAAACCUUUACUACUCGACCCACCACUUUUUCCUGAACAAGCGCUCAAUCUACUUGCUUUUGAUGAAUAUGACGAAAGACCUUAACACUAAUAUUGAAGAAAGUGACUCUUUUUGUGGACUGUUGAAUAAAAAUUUCACCUGCUUGGAAGCAUUCAAAUUUUGGCUUAACUCAAUUCACAUGUAUAGUUCUAUUCACGAUCAAGAACAUGAAGUACAGCCAACAGUCAUUUUGGUUGGAACACACAAAGAUAAAAUGAAAUGCAAAGAAGAAGAAAAGGAAGACAAAAUGAAUGAAUUUUUCGAGGAAGCUUUAAAAUCAUUUAUGAAAAAUAAGGAAAUUCUACAACAUAUACACGCAAAAAGGUUUCUUGUGAAUAACAUUGCAAAAGGAGAUCCAGUGUUUGCUGAACUCAGAGCUGAGGUGAAGAUGCUGGCUGAAAAGCAGCAUUACUGGAAUGAAAAAAGCCCGACAAGUUUUGUUCAGUUGGAGAAGUCUUUUGAUAACAUGCGUGCAGAAGGCAAGGAGCUGGUGUUUUUGUGUGAUAUACAAGAUGAAAACAUGAACAAUAUAAAGCCUGUUGAUGAACGACAAUUGCAUUUGUUUCUGGAAUUGCAGCACCUGUUUGGAAAUAUCCUACACUUUGAUACAGCAGAGCUCAGAAAGUAUGUAAUACUGGCUCCCCAGUGGAUUAUUGAAGCUUUCAAAUGUUUUAUAACCCAUAAACGGAAGAAGUAUCGGAAACCGGAACAGCUAGAGCUCUGGAACGAGUACAAAGAAUAUGCUAUCAUAAAGCCACAACUGAUGAAAGAAAUCAUAAAUCGUAGCCAAGACAGAAUCAGAAUUCAUGGUGAAGCUGUUGUAAAGUACAUGGAACAUUUGAACAUAAUGUCAAAACCUGUCUUUAUUGAAAACUUCGGGGAGGAGGAGGCAUUGUCAGAGAUGGCUGAUGAAUGUUUUGACCGCAAAACGAAUGUUGUUGGAAUACCAAGUUACAAUUCGAAGAUGCAUGAUUUUCAUAUUGUUCCAUGUCAGCUGAAGGUAAAACCAAAAGAAAAGAAAAUUGAAGAACUUACUUGUCCAAAGAAUUGGGAAACAACUCCAGCGCUGUGUUUUGUCUUCAAUGACAAUUUCAUGCCUCCAGCCGUUUUUCAUAGGCUGCUAGCUGCUUGUAUUCGCAGCUGGGAAAUUGCAAAGCAAAAGGACGACGGUAGAGAAGAGACGCUGCUGUUCAGUGGGAUAGGAGUUUUCAAAACUUGCAAACGAUCACAAUUGCGACUGUGGUAUAUUGACCACAUUAUUUAUGCCAGAAUGACAUUCAUGCGAAAACAGAAGCAAGAAACAGAAGAGGCGAUAGACAGAUGCAAAUGUCAGUAUGUUCGCAGACAAUUGCAUAGACAUCUUAUGGCAAUCCUUGGACUACUACCGAGAUCAAAAUAUAUCACAAAGACUACACCUUUCGAAGAAUACAUUCAGUGUCCAGAUUUGAACAAGCACAAUCAUGGCCUGUUUAGAGUCAAUGAUUUCAUAAUUGAUGAAAACAUGAGCUGCAGCGAAGACCAUGAUGCCAAGGAUGCUCACUUGAUUGAAAAAACAGUUCUUCAGUGUUGGUACCACGAUGCAUUAGAAGAGAUGGAAACAAUUAAACAGAAUAACUUGGGGGAUUUAAGGGUUCCUGCAGUAGAGGAAUUGCCAAAAAUAGCAAGAGGUCUUGCAGGUAGCAAAGAGUUUUGGCUGUUGGGUAUAGAACUGGGCAUCUCUCAACCAACCAUGGAGCGAUUAAAAAAAGAUCAUUGGAAUGAAUCAAGGUCUGUUUUCAUAUAUCAUGUGUUAUAUGAGUGGAAACAUUCACAGGGCAAAAAUGCAACUCUUUCAAGUUUGAAGAGGAAGGUCUUUGCUGUCCAUAAGAAUUCAGAUAUUGAUCUUGGCAGCAUUUUCAGAUGCCUUGGGACAAGAAACCAAGAAGAAACUGGAGAUCAGGAUGAUGAAGCGCCAGAGAGCUCUGAGAUGGACACAUAAACUGGAGCUCUAGGCACUUCCGACUAAGUUACGUGGGAACAGUAAACACAGUUGUGUAGACUCGUGAAAAAAAACAUUGCUGUGUCGUGUUCAAUGUUUGUAUUGGCUACAAACAUAACAUUUUGUCUUGCUCCAGUUAAAGAGUAGUGAAAGUGGUAUAAGAACUCGUCAGUCUGUUUGACAGUUGGCACAUUCAUUCUUUUGCUAUUGUAUAUUCUGUUUGUGAAUUGGCCAAUAUUUUUUUCAUUUGAAUGAAGGAUUUUAUUCGUAUGUCAUUAUGCAUAUAGAACCACCACUGAUAUGGGUAUCGGUACUUGGUUUUACAGGAAGUUGCAGAAGCAGGUUUGCUACUAGCAGCAUUCAUUUGAAGAAUGUUUUAAAAAAGGGACUAAAUUCUCAACUCGCUUUUUGUGAUUUAAAUUUAUCUGUACAUUACUAGCAGUUUAUCGAUUAGUUUAAUUUGAAAUUAUAAUCAUAUAAUUGUAUAUAUUUGUUAUAUUGGUUUGCCAGAUUAGCAAUGGGAUGCUUUGUACAUCCGGUUUGCAAUGUGAUGAUUAAUAUUUAAGCUUUACUAUAUCAAUGCUUAACGUCGUGGGGCAUGUAGGUUUGAGAAUUUUAAACGUAAAAAGGUAUUGCCAAAAUAUAAUCCAAUUUGAAAAGCUGAUAAUGACACAAAGAGUCAAUAAAGAUCGCAGUGGUUAGCACACUCGCUUCUCACCUACGCGACCCUGGUUCGAUUCCGGGCCUUGGCGUAUGUUAGGUUUGUUAAGUGGUCACCAAGCCGGAAAAGUGACUUCCACCGGGUACUCCGGCCCAACCUUUAAGCUAUAAAUCAAUUUUUGAGACGUAAACAAUGGUAUUAAAUAAUAGCUUAUUGGCGUGAAAACAGUCGGCGGAUUAUUAAAGACGGGUUAGUAGAAGAAGAGGCAAUAAGAAAAUAAUUAUUUGUAUCGUUUUUGAUGUUUCAAAAACUGUAGUUUAUUGUGAUUAUUACAAUUACUCGUUUAAAAAGAAUUGUCAUUGAAUAGCCAUCAAUAUGUAUUAUUUCAUUCUCGUCACAUUUAAGUUUGACUUUAAAAUGGACGUUCUCGGCAAGUUCUGAAUGAUGUUGCUUUAAUUGUUCAACAAAGUGGGCAUAUUAAUGUAUUAAAUGUGUUUGAAUUACUGAGACAAUUUAUAAUUGUAUAUUGUACGGAAAUAGAAAUUAUGAAAUAAAUGUAAUA